AUGUUAACGAACGCUCCAUGGAAAGAAGAACAUCUCCGGAAGGAGCACGACUAUUGCAAACUGUCGGCCAUAUUCAACUUCCAAAGUCUCAUUUCUGUGAUUCUGCUACUGAUUUGUACUUGCGCAUAUAUCAGAUCUUUCGCACCAAAACUAGUGGAUAGAAAUAAAGAAGGAUUGCUUGGUGUAUUUUGGAAAUUGGCUAGGAUUGGAGAACGCCUGAGUCCUUGGUUGCCUAGCUCAAUCAUGGCUCCUGUUCGAACAGGACGUAUUGAUGAGAAUACUUUUGAAAUCAAAAAACGGCAACCUCAAAAGCCGUCUGGGAUUCGCGGAGGUCACAAUAAUUUCUACGUAACAAAGAAAACUUCCAUUUCUGCAACUAUGAAGCGCGUGGAAGAGAUAUUGCACAAUAAGGGAACUGAGAUAUACAUUCAUGGCCUUGGAGCUUCCUUGAAUCGUGCUAUGGUGCUUGCACUGGAGAUUCAAAAAACAUUUACUAACGGCGUGUCUUUGAAUAUAACGACCUCUACAGUAAAUGUUACUGACGACCUUUUCCCAAUGAGUGACGAGUUUGAGAUGGGUAUCCGCAAUCGACCUCUGUCUGCUGUUCAAAUCCAUAUCUGCCGCAUCCAAGUCUGA